AUGGUGAAUAGUUCGAAUCCCAAGAUCACAUCGUUUAUUGCUCGCUGUGUGGCCUUUAUAGCCAAGUCUUGGUCAUCUAAACGCCUUGACCACCAUGAGAGCCAUCGUCCUCCUCGCCGUGCUAGUUUUCGUAGUCUGGUGAGUGCCAAACGUGAUUCCAAUCAAAAAUUCAAAGCAUGCUGCGCCAGACAGAAAGCUGCUGAUAAAGAAUGUAAAAGGAAAUUUUGCGAUUUCAAUUCUAUCAACCAAAAUAAUAUGCUCCACUUUCUUAAUAUGUGUUCACCUCGAGAAGAUACCGUAAAACUGAUGUGGGAUUGUGCCUCUUCGCGACAUGACCAUGUGGAAUGUUGCAAAAAGCGAAAUGUCCUACCGGCAUGUAUGCAAUACUGCGACAGUUCUCAUUCCGUGCCAGCUGAUUAUCUCAACCAUCUCGUCUGCCUUCAAAACUUCGAUGCUAUCCGUGAUUGCUUCAGAGAUCAUUUAGAAAAGAACCCAAAUAUUUUUGGCGAUAAUUGA